AUUCCGCAGGGCCGGUCACCGGAAGCUGAGCUUCUACCUCCGGGUCAGAGCCAUGGCGGUGGCAAAUUCAAGUCCCGUUAACCCAGUGGUCUUCUUUGAUGUCAGCAUUGGCGGCCAGGAAGUUGGUCGCAUGAAGAUCGAGCUGUUUGCAGACGUGGUGCCUAAGACGGCAGAGAACUUUAGGCAAUUCUGCACUGGAGAGUUCAGAAAAGAUGGUGUUCCUAUAGGAUACAAAGGAAGCACCUUCCAUAGGGUCAUAAAGGAUUUCAUGAUUCAGGGUGGAGAUUUUGUUAAUGGAGAUGGUACUGGAGUCGCUAGCAUUUACCGCGGUCCAUUUGCAGAUGAAAAUUUUAAACUUAGACACUCAGCUCCAGGCCUGCUUUCCAUGGCAAACAGUGGUCCGAGUACAAACGGCUGCCAGUUCUUUAUCACAUGUUCUAAGUGUGAUUGGCUGGAUGGGAAGCACGUGGUGUUUGGAAAAAUCAUUGAUGGACUUUUGGUGAUGAGAAAAAUUGAGGUUGGUCCUGCUUGGGGAUCCUCGUAGCCUUUCUGGUCAG